GGGAGGGGCUGAGCGCGCCCGGGAGGAAUUUCGGGAUUUCGGGGGGAAUCUGGCCUUUGGAGACCCGCCCUCCCCUCCCGGGGAAAAGGAAUUCCGUGCACUUUUCCCGGAGGACCUGGAAUGCGGAGCUGAGGCAGGAAAGUUUUCCCUUCGUGGAAGGAGCGUGUCCUGGGCCAUGUUCUCCAAGAAGAAGAAGCGGGUGGAGAUCUCGGCGCCGUCCAACUUCGAGCACCGGGUGCACACGGGCUACGACCCCUCGGAGCAGCGCUUCACCGGGCUGCCCCGCCAGUGGCAGGGGCUGCUCGAGGAGUCCGCCCGCCGCCCCAAACCUCUGGUGGACCCCGCCUGCAUCACCGCCAUCCGCGGGGCCCACAAGCCCAUCGUGCGCGGCUCCAAAGGGACCCAGGAUGGGACCCCCGGGGGCCGGGACGGGACCCUGGCGUGGCUCCUGGACGAGCUGGAGGCCGUGUCCGUGUCCCGCUCCAACUCCCUGCGCCGGGACAGCCCCCCCUGCCCCUCCCGGCACCCCCCGGAGAACGGCCUGGCCCCGGGAGCCCCCCGCUCCCGGCCGGAGCCCGGCAGGAGCCGCCGCGGGGACCUGGAGCCCAGCCCGCCCCGGGCCCGGGGGGACCCCAAAGCUGCAGCCGGGCGGGAGCCGCCCCUCCCUCACCCCCACCCCUCCGGGGGCCGCCCCAAAUCCAGCUCAGCCGGAGAGGGGCCCCCACGGCCCCCGGCCCGCGAGCAGCGCCCGCUCUCGGGGCCCGACCUGCGGCCCCCCGACAUUGCCGGCGGUCCCGGGGCUCCCGCAGCGGGGCUGAAGACGGCGCCCGGACGCCCCUUCCACACCUAUCCCCGCGCCGACACCGACCCCGGCCGGGGGGGCAGCGCCCAGCACCGCCCGGGACGCCCGCAGGAGGUGACCCCCAACGGGCCGGUCCCCACCGGCCCUCCCGGCGCCUCCCACGGUGCCCCCGGCCCCCCACGCCCCAAAGCCCCAGAGCCGCCUCCCCCAGCCCCGGAGCCGCCAGCCCCGCGUCCCCCCGCGCCCGCCGCGCCGGGGGGUCCCCAGCGCGUGUCCCACGAGCAGUUCCGGGCGGCGCUGCAGAUGGUGGUGGACCCUGGAGACCCCCGCACGUACCUGGACAACUUCAUCAAGAUCGGCGAGGGCUCCACGGGCGUCGUCUGCAUCGCCACCGUGCGCGGCUCCGGCAAGCUGGUGGCCGUCAAGAAGAUGGACCUGCGCAAGCAGCAGCGGCGAGAGCUGCUCUUCAACGAGGUGGUGAUCAUGCGGGACCACCAGCACGAGAACGUGGUGGAGAUGUACAACAGUUACCUGGUGGGUGACGAGCUCUGGGUGGUCAUGGAGUUCCUGGAGGGCGGUGCCCUGACUGACAUCGUCACCCACACCAGGAUGUCAGAGGAGCAGAUCGCGGCCGUGUGCCGCUCGGUGCUGCGGGCGCUCGCCGUGCUCCAUGCCCAGGGCGUUAUCCACCGCGACAUCAAGAGCGACUCCAUCCUCCUGACGCAUGACGGGCGGGUGAAACUCUCAGAUUUCGGCUUCUGUGCCCAAGUGAACAAGGAGGUGCCGCGGCGCAAGUCCCUGGUGGGGACUCCCUACUGGAUGGCCCCCGAGCUCAUCUCCCGCCUGCCCUACGGCCCAGAGGUGGACAUCUGGUCCCUGGGGGUGAUGGUCAUCGAGAUGGUGGAUGGGGAACCCCCCUAUUUCAACGAGCCCCCCCUCAAAGCCAUGAAGCUGAUCCGGGACAACCUUCCCCCCCGGCUCAAGAACGGCCACAAGGUGUCCCCGUCCCUGAAGGGGUUCCUGGAGCGGAUGCUGGUGCGGGACCCGGCGCAGCGGGCCAGCGCCCCGGAGCUGCUCCGUCACCCCUUCCUGGGUGUGGCGGGCCCCCCCGCCUGCAUCGUGCCCCUCAUGCGGCAGCACCGGCUGCGGUGAGACCCCUCCCCACCCUGGGGGGAUCCCCUGGCCCCCUCCCGCUCCCCCUGCUCCUCCUCCUCGGCGACACCCCCAAACAGGAGCGGGACUGGGAUGUUCCUGGGGGGCACCGGCCCCCCCGACCUGUACUACUGAGCUGGGGACCACACAGCAGAGAUUUUGGGGGGGAGGGCAGCUGUCACCCCAGAGAUUUGGGGGUGCAGGGGCUCAUCCUGGUCCCUGCCGCCUUUGGGACCCAUUUUGGGGCAUUUCCCCCCUUUUUUUUGUUUUUAGUCCCCUCUUUUCUGCCCCUUUUGGGCACGGGGGUGUGGCCCCCCUACAUCUCUGUGAGGGGGGGGGUCCCCGAAACUGCAGUCCCCCCUCUCCCCCCACCACACCACACUACUGAUUCGGGGUGUGCCCCCCCCGGGCCCUCCUCGCCUGUUUUUGUUGAUUUUGGGUUUUUUUUUUUGUUGUUGUUGGUUCCUCCUCCCCGGAACUCCCCCCCGCUCCCACGGUUUUGUUUUUUAACAAAGUGAUAUUUAUAUGGUCAGGUUUUGUACCGCACGGGACGGGGGGGCCCCGGGGGGACACGGG